CGAGGCGCUUCCUGAUUGGUCUCUUAAGAUAUGGGACGGAGGAUUAUGAGCUGCCGAUUCGCUCAGGCAUAACUUUCCAUGCCCUCGUCUCUACACAGUAGCUUGUUGUCGCAUACUUCCAUGCCACCAUCGCCCAUUUUCCCGUAUAUCACUUCCAGAGAUGACGAUUAGACAGGAAUAGCUUUUCGUACCAUUGAUAUACUUCUCUUAACCUGUCCUUUUCUGCGACUUGGCAGGACCUUUCGUGUAUUCAUAGACUGCCUCUUUCAUCUACACUAAGUAUUUUCCGGCGGCCAUGCAUCGCUACCUCUCCAUCUUGCUCGGAGUCUUUUUUUUUUCACAGAUAGUGUUUUCUGUGCCUUCGCCGAAUGGAGGGACACCAUUCUACGAUGGGAACAUCGCGGAUUUCGAAUCCAUUGUCCCGGGGAUUGAAGGUAGAAGCGACGUGAGCAAGAGGAGCAUAGGAGAUUAUUCGAAGGGACCUAUGGGUGUUAUGCCUGGUGACGGAACUAGUAUGAGGAAGCGAGGAGCAGCGCUGGAUGCUAUUUUGGCGCUUGGGUCGAUAAUACUGGGCGAUACGCAGAAUAUGGUUGUUGGGGCUCUUGCGACUGGGCAGACGGGUGCUUGUCCGUCUAUGGCUGUUUUUUAUGCGAGGGGAACUUUUGAAAUUGGUUAGUCCUUUGCGUUCUCUCCAAUUUCUUGUCAUAUAUUAGGAUCGUUCGUCUGCUAUUCGUGGGCAUUGUACCAAACCUCUAGUCUGCUAACGGAAAUAGGAAAUGUCGGAAUUAUCACAGGUCCCCCUUUCUUCCAGGCUCUGGCAGCGUACAAGAAUGACACGAACCAUAUUGCCAUUCAAGGCGUCGAUUACCCCGCCGAUGUCGCCGGAUUCAAGGCCGGGGGCUCAGUAGAUGGAGCGAAUAGAAUGGCAUCACUAGUCAACGACACCACUUCCAAAUGUCCCAAUACCCAAAUCUGUCUCUCGGGCUACUCACAAGGUCUGUCUGUCCCUUCCCUCCUCCCUCACCUAUUCCCUCACACUAACCCUUUCCCAGGCGCCCAAGUAGUCCACCUCGCAACUACCUCUCUGCCAAGCUCCACCAUGUCCAAGAUCUCCUCCAUCGUCCUUUUCGGAGACCCGAAGAAUGGAACUGCCAUCCAGGGAAUUGACAAGGGGAAAGUUCUUACGAUCUGUCAUCCCGGUGACAAUAUCUGUGCGGGCGGAUCGAAGAUCACGCGGGAUCAUCUUAGUUAUGGGGAGAAUGCGGAGGCGGCGGCGGCGUUUGCGGUGAGUGGUAUUGCCCAGAUGGGCAUUAGUAGUCAGAAGAUGGUGAGGAACAAAAUGGGGGGCUUGGGUGCUUGGGUGCGUUUUUGA